AUGAAUCAAUUCAAUCAUUUAUAUAACGACAUUAAUAUCAAUAUACCAGAUGAUCGACUUUCUAGUUUAAUUUCAUCAUUAAAUAGUGAUGAUCAUGAAGAUAAAAAUACUCUUGAUAAAACAAAUAGUGUUCAUUCUGAAAUAUUAAGAAGAGAAGCGACCAAGUUGGACCAAUUAUUUAAAGAGCGCCCUAAAUCAGCAGAACAAGAUAUUUGCUUUCCAGUUCCUUCUUCUUCUCCUUUUCCUAUCAAACAUAAACAACAAGAAACUCAAUUCAACAAAGCUGCUCUUGAACUUUUUCGUUCACAACAAUUAGAAGGUGAAAAAGUCCCAAUUAGUACUUCUGGAAAGAAACUAAGUCUUUAUGGUGAUAAUCAUACUUUGACACAAUUACUUGAAGAAGAUACUCCUAGAUUUAUAUAUUAUCAUGCUGAUACUGGAAGAUUACAAGGAAAGACUUUAUUUGAUCUAUGUACUGGCAAUAAGAAUACUUUAACAGUAGAAGACUUGUUGAACAAAGAAAAUCAUUGGUUAGAUAUUACUAGUCCUACAACUACAGAAAUGCAAGCUAUUAGUCGAAUAUUUGGGAUUCAUCCAUUAACAACAGAAGAUAUCGUAAAUCAAGAAAUCCGAGAAAAAUGUGAUUCAUUUAGAAACUAUCUCUUUGUAUGCUAUCGAGCGUUUGUCCACAACGAUCAUUUAUUGAAACCUACUAGUUUUUAUAAUAUUGUAUUCAAACAUCACCUAUUAACGAUUCAUUUCGGAAACGCGCCUCAUGUCGAUUACGUACAACGAAGAGUAGAACAACUAGAAGCUUAUAUUACUGUGGUGCCAGAUUGGAUCAAUUAUGCCAUUAUAGAUGAAGUCACUGAUAGUUUUGCUCCUUUGAUCCAUCAAAUAGAACAUGAAGUCGAAAGUCUAGAUGAUAUGGUCUUACAUUCUACAGCAACGGAUUCCUCUGAUCAAACAGAAAUGGUUUCUCGGAUUGGAUUUUGUCGUAAACGUGUAAUGCAAAUGUUACGUCUUUUAUCCAGCAAAUCAGAUGUCAUUCGUGCUUUGAUCAAACGCUUUGAAGAACGCAGUCUUUCAUCCACGACUUCCUCCUAUUCCUCUUCAUCAGUACUUUCUCAUGGAAGAAUAUUACCUGAUGUAGGCCUUUAUCUUGGUGAUGUUCAAGAUCAUAUCGUUACUAUGUUACAAAAUUUGAAUCACUUUGAAACUUUAUUGGCAAGAACUCAUACAAACUAUUUAGCCAAAAUAUCUAUUGAAUUAACAAAAUCUUCCAAUUCUACAAAUCUUGUUAUUGGGCGAUUAACCAUUUUUGCUACUAUUCUUUUACCUAUGAAUCUGGUAACCGGUAUUUGGGGAAUGAAUGUCAAGGUACCAGGAGGUGAUUUCGAUAAUUUGGCUUAUUUCUUUUGGAUUGUAUGUAGUUUAGCAGGUUUUGCUGUAUUUGCCUUGACUUUAGCUAGAAAAUGGGAAUUAUUUUGA